AUGGACCAAGAAACCCACCUCGCUCACCAUGAGCAGACCUAUGGUCACGAUCAAUGGAGCGACAUGAGCCCUUACAUGCAGACGACAAUAUCGGAGUACGGCGGCGGCUUUGGCUACAUGCCUCCCAUCACACACGGGCUGCCCUCCGAGCAGCUGGGCCGGAUGCCGCCGUCGGCAACGCCACCCCAGCAGCCAUUACCUCAACAGCAUUCGCAACCGGCGCACCAUCCAACGCUGCCAAUGCUGAUGGUGCCGUCGCAUCCGACAUGGCCGAGCAUGCUCACGAACCCGAACGGAUACAACACGUCUCCUCCGGUCGCAAUACCACCUGCAUCGGCGCCGAUCCAGUCGCUGAAGACCACGAGGCCGGUGGCACCCCCGAUUGCGUCGCAACCCAGGAAAACGCUGACGGACGAUGACCGCCGCCGCAUGUGCCAGUAUCACAUCGAUAACCCCUCCAUGAAGCAGACCGAAAUUGGCGCGCUGUUUGGCGUGGAGCGAAGCACGGUGUCCAAGGUCUUGAGUCGCAAGGAUAAGUGGCUCAAUCCAGAGGACCGCAGUAGUUCGCCAAUCAAGAAAAGCAAGGGCAAGAUCCCGGACAUCGACAAGACGCUGGCUAACUGGCUGCGCAACGAGCAGCACAAAGGCCGCCGUGUGUCGGACGCCGAGAUACAGGAGCAAGCCCGGAUGUACGCCCGUCCCUUCAGGGAGGCGGAGACGAAAAUCAACAACCCCUCGUGGCUCGAGAAAUUCAAGCAAAAGCACGGCAUGGGAGGGCGACUGAUCAGGAGGGCUUCAGAGACCAACAUUCCCAGUGCCGUUGGAAAAUUGUCGACUACAUCCCCAACGCUGGCAAAUUCGCAGCCCACCAGCUCCAUCUCUUCGGCCUCCCCCGUGGCGAAUCACUCGGUGUCGCCCUUUUCGGCUGGGCCUCGGGCAGGGGCGGACGACGAAAAAGACAGUGGCAGCAGCGGAAUGAUGAUGGACUUUUCUGGGCCGUCGUCGAGCACAGCUGGACCGACAUUCAAGUAUCCCUCGACAAACCAGAGCAGCACGUCUCUGAGCAGCGGCGGAUUCGCAUCGGACACUGCAGGCUCGUCCUUUUCUGAAAGUACCAUGAGCCCCACAGGCACAGGGCAAUUCACGUUCUCUCCAGAUCCCAACAUGGGAGGAUUUUUGUCGUCGGAUCACCACUCGCAGGCAAGACACAUUCCCCCUGGGGGACCCAAUUUCCAGAGGCCACGGAGUCAAACGUUUCCGACACUAGACUUGGAGUACAUGAACGACACAUCGAGCCACGAGCACAACGAUCCCAUAACACCCAAGUUCCCACAUGGCCAGCAGGGAGUCCCAUCGACCGCACCAUCCUCGGCAAUCGAGUCGCCAGCUCACGAGUUUGCAUCUGCUGGACCCUUUGGAAUCGACAACACGAUGGCCUCGCCUCACCACCAGGGCCACCACGCGCUUCGGCACAGCAGCAGCGCCAGCAGCUUGCAAGGGCGGCAGCAGCAAGGCGCCGGCGGCACCACGCCCAUUAUCGGAAGCGCCGCCAUGUCCUCGGUCGCCUCGUCUCCCGUCUCGCCCACGCAGGAGGACGCAAGGCGUGCCGCAGACACGCUGCUGUCGUUCAUCGCGAACAGCGGACCAAACGCCUUUGUGGACCAGAGCGACUACAACGCGGUGAUCCGGCUGACGGAGAAGCUGAGGCUGCACCAGCAGGCUCAACAGGCUGCUGCGAGAAGCCAGCAGGGCAUGGGCGGCAUGCAAAUGGGAGGAAUUCCUAUGGGACUAGGCAUGGGCGGCCUGGAUCGGAUCCCCGAGGGGGAUGCCGAGAUGGGAAACACCGGGCAGCACCUGGAGGAUGGGGGCAUGGUCAAGCACGAGGGAACCAUGGUAUGA